AUGGAUUUUGAAAACCCAGUAGCUAAUCAGUCGUUUGUAACACAUACAAUCGAAGAUAUAGAUGCAAAUGUUUCUUUGGAAUCAACAUUUGAAUCUGAAAAAGUAAAUGACGAUAUUGUGAAUCUUGCAUAUGAUGAAGAUGAAGCUAAGGAUCUAAGUAUUAUGGGGAAGGUUUUCAGUACACCUAAGGAUGCAUAUACAUUUUAUAACCAAUAUGCCUUUCUACAUGGAUUUGGUAUUGGUGUUCAUUGGAGCUUUAAAAAUAAAACCACAAAUGAGCCUUAUCAGAAGAGCUAUGUGUGUAAUAAACAAUGCUUUAAAAGUUUGAAAGGUAAUAGUUUAUGUGGAGUUGCUAAGAAACGUCGUAGAAAUUUGAGGACUGGAUGUAAAGCAAUGCUCCGGAUAUCAAAAGGAAAAGAUAGUGAAUGGUUUGUCGAUGUGUUUAACGACACACACAAUCACAAUUUGAGUACAACUCCUACCAAAGUAAUGAAACAUCGUUCUCAUGGGAAAAUACACCGCUCAAUGGCAUGCAAGUCUCUUAUGGUGGAACUAGGUCAAUCAGGGUUAAGGCCUUAUCAAAUCAAAAAGGUUGUAAAUACAAUGAAAACUCCAUAUGAUACCAAUGUUACGUCAAAGCAAUGUGAUGAUGUUUUAUCAGAGCAACAAAAACAAUAUAAAGGUAAAGAGUUCUAUGGGUUGAUCAAACAUUUUCAAGAUAAAGCAUUAAUAGACAGUAACCAGUAUUUUGUUAUGGAUUUGUUUGAUGAAGGGUCUCCUAAAAAUGUUUUUUAG